AUGACAUCGACGGAUUCCAUAGAUUUAAAGGCAAAAGUUUCUCAUGAGAGCUAUCAACCCAGCAAGGUUGUUAUUUGUGGUGACGGGGAUGAGUUUAUACGUCUUGAGGACAAGAUGUUUUACAGGCAUGAGUGA